AUGUGGGCAAGUGUACCUGAGGACUUUGAUAUGAUUAAGAUAAUGAAAGAAGCCUAUACUUCUGCAACUGGUAAAGAUCAGUCUGAAUUAGGAGUCGUUGAGUUAGAAGACUGCUUGUUAAACGAAUUGGCUGAUAAGAAAUUUUUGCUCAUCUUGGAUGAUGUGUGGAAUGAAAAUUAUGAUCGAUGGAACAAGUUAAAACAAUUAUUCACGCAAGAAGCAAACGGAAGUAAAAUUGUGGUUACAACGCGUAGUAGCCAAGUUACGUCAAUAACGGGCACUGUUGAUAGUUAUCUUUUAGAAGGCCUUUCUCCGGAGGAUUGUCUGUCGUUGUUUGUGAAAUUCGCGUUUAGGGAUGAAACUGUUAGAUUUCUAGUAGUUAGGGUUUAG